GGGGCGGGGCGGGGGCAAGUGUGGCUUUUCCGCCUUAUUGUCCCCUAUUGCCGGCGGGACACCGCACAGGCUGCCGGCACCAUGAAGAUCUGGACUUCAGAGCACGUCUUUGACCACCCGUGGGAAACCGUUACGACAGCCGCCAUGCAGAAAUACCCAAACCCUAUGAACCCGAGCGUGGUUGGGGUUGAUGUGCUGGACAGACACGUGGAUCCCUCUGGAAAGCUGCAUAGCCAUAGACUUCUCAGCACAGAGUGGGGACUGCCUUCCAUUGUGAAAUCUCUCAUUAGUGCUGCAAGAACUAAAACAUACGUGCAAGAACAUUCUGUAGCUGAUCCUGUAGAGAAGACAAUGGAACUUAAAUCUACUAACAUUUCAUUUACAAAUAUGGUUUCAGUAGAUGAGAGACUUAUAUACCAACCACAUCCUCAGGACCCAGAAAAAACUGUUUUGACUCAAGAAGCCAUAAUCACUGUGAAAGGAGUCAGUCUCAGCAGUUACCUUGAAGGACUCAUGGCAAGUACAAUAUCUUCAAAUGCUAAUAAAGGCCGAGAAGCAAUGGAAUGGGUAAUACAUAAAUUAAAUGCUGAGAUUGAAGAAUUGACGGCUUCGGCGAGGAGGAGCAUAAGGACACCGAUGGCAGCAGCGGCAUUUGUAGAGAAAUGAGGAUGAAAAUCAGUACCCGACAUCUGCCCCCCAGGUCUCUGCAAACUGGCAGUAUAUUUAUUUGUUAUUUAAAAAAUAAAACCGUAUUUUAGGUA